AUGUAUCAAAUUGGAGCAAAUUUGGCGAUUUCAUUUCAUGUCUCAAUGUUUCUCAUAAUGAUUACGAAUAUUUCGUCUGAAACUGUUGCAAAUGAAGCAAUUUUGAAUGAACAUAAUGACAACAUAAAUGGAAAUACUUCAUUUUUAAAUCGAUUUAAACGACAGUACAUGCAAAAUUGUCCACCGGGAUGCUUUGCAAGUUGUUAUGCAAGUUCUCAAUGUCAACAAGUUGCACCUCGAAUGAUUUGCAUUCAUGCAUGUUGCUGUCCAGCUACAAUGCCAAACAAUAAUAUUCCAGCAGUCAUCAAUCCUGGAAGCAUUAAUAUUAUCCCAAUUCCAGUACCAAUUACACCAAGUCAAUCAAAUAUUUUCAGUCUUUCAACAGCAUGUGAUGGAGGACCAGCCGUAGCAGCAUGUAUCAAUGGACUUUGUGGACAAGGCUUCUUCUGUAACAGUCGAGGUUUUUGCUGUCGCUGUGCUUCCGGAAAUUCUACCGGUCCAUGUGUCAAUAACUUAUGUCCAGCUGGCUACUCAUGCAAUGUCAAUAAUUAUUGCUGUCCACUUGGUUCCGGUGCUGUACUUGGUCCUUGCAUUAAUAAUCAAUGUCCGGCAGGUUAUACCUGUGGUGCCGUUCAUUUUUCUAAUUCAAAUCAUCCAAUCCCAAUGAGUUUACAAGCGUCACCAUCAGUGCGCGGUGGUGGUGGAGGUAGUAAAGGUGGCAAAUUAAAAGGUACUGAAAAAGCUACCGUACAUUCCUUCAAUGAUUUGGUACCAGCACUUAAAAGUAUCCUAUAUGAUAAAAGUAAUGUACAAUUGGAUAAGAUAUUGUCCGCACUGGAAGCAAAAACUCAAUUACCACGUGAACAACUAACAUAUGGUAUGAUGGGCCUUAUUGCUAUCUAUCUGGCUGUUGGAUCACUGGCACAGCUUGUUUGUAAUUUAAUCGGUUUCGGUUAUCCGGCAUAUGCUUCAGUUAAGGCAAUUCGAACUGAGCAAAAGGACGAUGAUACACAAUGGUUAAUUUAUUGGACGGUAUUUGCAUUUUAUUCACUGAUUGAUUUCUUUGCUGAAGCAAUUAUGCGUGUUGUACCAUUGUAUUGGAUAGUUAAAGUGAUAUUCCUAUUGUACCUAUCUCUACCACAAACUUAUGGCGCUCAAAUUAUCUACGAGAAAUAUCUCGACUCAUUGAUUGCGACGAUAGAAAAAUCUUUCAAUAAAAAAUGA